AUGCCCAAAAAAAAGAAAAGUAAUUUGAAUACGGUGACAAAAGCUUCUAAACUGAAAAAACUAAAACGUUUAACAGAAAAUUCUAUUGAUCGCGCGAAAAGAUUAGAACAAAAUAAAAAACGUAAUGCAGCUUCAAGAGCGACUGAAAAUGAUGAGCAGCGAGAAAGUCGUCAAAACUAUGAUCGUUUAAGACAUGUAGAUCGUCGGAAAAAAGAAUUACCUAAAGAAUAUAAUGCGCGCGUGAUUAAAGAUCGUGAACGUCAUGUGGAAUCACGAAUUAAUGAAACGAAUGAACAGCGUAUGACUAGAUUAAACCAUGAUAAAGAACAGCAUAGGUUUAUACGAUCAUUAGAGUCUGAUGAACAUCGAGCUCAAAGGUUAAUUCAAGAUCGUGAACAUCAUUCUCAAUCGCGUAUGAACGAGACUUCUGAACUCCGUGAAGAAAGAUUAAAUAAUGACCGUGAACGUCAUGUGGAAUCACGUAUUAAUGAAACAAAUGAGCAGCGUAUGACUAGAUUAUACCGCGAUCAAGAACAACAUAGGUCUAUACGGUCUAUCGAGUCCGAUGAACAUCGAGAUCAAAGAUUAGCUCAAGAUCGUGAAUAUCACAGUAUUAAUAGAGAACUUGAAUCGGUAGAAGCUCAUGAAAAUCGUAAAAAAGAAGCUCGGGAAAGAUAUUAUUCAAUGCUCAAUAAAAAAGAAAUAAACUUGCAUCAAAAUCAAGAACGUAUUGCAGAAAUUCGAAGAAACGAAUCUGAUACUCAACGUAGUGAGAGGUUACUUGCUGAUGCACAACAACAUGAAAUUAAUAGACACUUGGAGACAGAGGAAGAGCAUGAACAAAGAUUAGCUCUCGAUCGAAAUAGACAAAUUCAGAGACAGAAACUUUUUUGGAAAGACAAAAUAAACAGUGGUUAUUCAUACAAUCCUCUUAUUGAUUACAAAAAGGAAUCUUAUAUCGGUCAGAUGUCUAUAAUAUGUCCUGAUUGUAAAGCCCUCAAAUUUAAAGGAGAGUCUAAAGGCUUAUGUUGUUCAUCAGGGAAAGUCACUUUAGAUCCUGUUGUUGAUCCUCCUGAACCUAUCAAAUCGCUUCUUAAAGGAACACACGCGCAGUCAAAACUUUUUUUAAAAUCUAUCAGAAGUUAUAAUAAUGCUUUUCAAAUGACAUCAUUUGGAGCAAAAAUUAUUACUGAGGGAAACUUUAUGCCUACAUUUAAAGUUCAAGGCCAAGUCUACCAUUUGAUAGGUUCUUUGCUCCCAGAGGAAAAUAAACCUUUUCAAUUUUUACAGAUAUACUUUAUAUCUGAUUACAAUGAGCAAGCUAAUGUGAGGUUAAAUAAUUUUCAAAAUGUAAAUAAAAAUCUGAUUAUUGAGUUGCAAAAUUGUCUCCAUCAUGUUAAUCCGUAUGUUCGAGAUUUUAAAGUGGCUUUAGAAUCAAUUCCAAUAAAUAGCAGAAAUAAUUGUAACUUAAUUAUUAAUGCUGAUCGUAAACCUGCAUCGGCACAUUCUGGUUGCUAUAAUAAGCCAUCUACGAAUGAAGUUGCUGUAUUAUUAGUUGAUCAACACUAUGAAAGAAGAGAUAUUAUUUUAUCUACUAGAAAUGGAUUAUUAAAGAGAAUUUGUGAGACUCAUAGGUCAUAUGAUGCACUUCAAUAUCCGCUUAUGUUUUGUCGAGGAGAAGAUGGUUAUAAUUUUGGUAUACAAACAACAAAGAAAAAAAUUACUGCUCUUCAAUUUUAUUCUUAUAGAGUUAUGGUAAAACAUAAUGAUUUUAAUAGUUUACAUCGCUAUAAACAACUAUUAAAUCAAUUUUUAGUAGACAUGUACGCUAAAAUAGAGUCUGAAAGAUUAUUAUUCAUACGAAAUAAUCAAAAACAACUUAGAGCAGAAAAUUAUAUUCACUUACAGGAUGCCAUUCAGAACGAUAAAGAUUUUGGAAAUUUAGGUCGCUUAGUAAUUCUUCCUUCGAGUUACACUGGAGGUCCACGGUACAUGCACGAACGUACGCAAGAUGGAUUUUGUUACGUAAAAAAAUAUGGUCGUCCAGAUCUCUUUAUUACUUUUACGACAAAUCCAAACUGGGAAGAAAUUACAAAAGAACUUUAUGAAGGGCAGACUUCAUCGGAUAGACAUGAUAUUACGUCAAGAGUUUUUCAUUUAAAAUUAAAAAAGUUGAUUGAUUUACUCACAAAAGGGCAACUUUUUGGUCCUGUAAAAUGUUAUAUGUAUAGUGUAGAAUGGCAGAAAAGGGGACUUCCUCAUGCUCAUUGCUUGAUAUGA